AUGCUUAAGCGCAUCGCCAGAAACCUUACCCAAUUGGGAGAAGGUACAAACACCGCUGGGGGUAUCAGUGAAGUCCGAAAGAUGUUCCGCUUACAAGGGCGAUCAAAUACUCCACAUGUUGCUAUAGUGAUCACAGAUGGUUUCGCUUGUCGCAGUCCAGCUGACGUCAUUUUUGUUUUGGAUGGAUCAAACAGUAUUGAGCCCCUUGAUUGGGGCAGGGAAAAACAGUUCGUGGCACAGUUGAUAGCAAGUUUAGAAAUCGGUCCUUCCAAUAUCAAUGCGAGGAAGAUGAGUGGAUACCAGGGUAGAAAAAAUACUCCACAAAUUGUCAUAGUCAUCACAGAUGGUAAAUCAAGGAGACCAAGCGAUACAAUCAACCAAGCUAUGGCUGCUAAAGCUGAAGGGAUUACAAUGAUAGCCGUUGGAGUAGGCAGUGACAUUUUCGUGGAAGAGCUCAGAGAUAUAGCUAGCUCCCAGAAUGAUUUAUUCUUUGUCAGGGAUUUCAGAGCUUUGAGAUAG